AUGGACAUCGACACCAAAAUCAAGGCUUACCGCUUCGUAGCCUACUCGGCUGUCGUCUUCUCGGUUAUCGCAGUUCUUUCGGUAAGUUUCCCCUCUGAAUGUUCCCUAUUUGAAUUUGAUUCUUCGCAGGUGUGCAUCACGCUUCCAAUCGUCUACAACUAUGUGCACUCCGUCCGUCGUCAGCUGCACAACGAGGCCCUCACCUGCAAGGGAAACAUGAAGGAUGUCUGGGCUGAUGUCCACCACCUCCGCGCCGAUGCCGCUUCCAACCGUACCGCCCGUGCCGUCCGUUACGGACGUGAUGACCAUGUCGCCGGAAACGGACCAAACUUCGAUUCGGGAUGCGAGGGAUGCUGCCAGCCAGGACCACAAGGAGCCCCAGGAGCGCCAGGAAAGCCAGGACGUCCAGGAAAGCCAGGAGCCCCAGGAUUCCCAGGAAACCCAGGAAAGGCCCCACAGAAGCCUUGCGAGGAGAUCACCCCACCACCAUGCAAGCCAUGCCCACAGGGACCACCAGGAGCCCCAGGACUUCCAGGAGACCAGGGAGAUAAGGGAGAGGCCGGACAGCCAGGACAGCCAGGACAGGACGCCGCUCCAGGCGAGCAGGGACCAAAGGGACCAAACGGAGCACCAGGAAAGCCAGGAGCCCCAGGAGCUCCAGGAGACGAGGGUCUGCCAGCUGUUUGCGAGCCAGUUCAGAAGGGAGAGCCAGGACCAACUGGAGAGCCAGGACCACUCGGACCACCAGGACCAUCUGGACAGCCAGGAAACGACGGAACCCCAGGUAAGACUUUCGAGAGGACCUCAUCCGAUUAUUUAUUUCUCUCAAUUCAGGACAACCUGGGCCAAAGGGACCACCAGGACCAGACGGAAAGCCAGGAGCCGACGGAAACCCAGGACAGCCAGGACCAGUGGGACCACCAGGAACCCCAGGAGAGCGCGGAAUCUGCCCGAAAUACUGCGCCAUCGACGGAGGAAUCUUCUUCGAGGACGGAACUCGCCGCUAA